AUAAAGAUAGAUCUCAAUCAUGUCUUCUACACCACGCUUCGAAUGCGCCGACGUCGACCCCAGUCUCCUGGGCAAGCCUCUCACCUUCGCCUUCUCGGGGCGUACGGCGCCAAACCGAUUCCUAAAAGGAGCCAUGAGUGAGCGUCUGGCCUCUUUCUCCUUCGACGAUGUCGAAUCCCGCGGUAUCCCCACCAAGGCCCUGAUCAAUGUCUACCGGCGCUGGGGCGAGGGCCAGAUCGGACUCAGCCUGACGGGAAACGUCAUGAUCGAUCCGGCCCAUCUGGAGACAGCGGGCAAUAUGGUCAUUCCGCGCAAUGCUCCGUUUUCCGGGGAGCGGUUCGAGCGGUUCUCUGAGAUGGCGUCUGUGGCGAAGGCGAAUGGAUCUCUGCUCAUUGCGCAGGUCGGUCAUCCUGGUCGUCAGACCGCAAAGGAGCUGCAGCCGAACCCGAUCAGUGCUAGCGAUAUCCCCGUGAAGGAGGGCACUUUUGGCAUGUCCUUUGGCAAGCCGCGCGCUGCGACGGAGGAAGAUAUCGCUGCCAUCAUCGACGGGUUCGCUCACGCGGCUGAGUAUCUCGAAAAGGCUGGCUUUGAUGGCAUGCAGCUGCACGGUGCGCAUGGCUAUCUACUCAGUCAGUUCCUGUCCCCGAGUACAAAUCUGCGGACGGAUAAGUACGGUGGAAACUUGCAGAAUCGCAUGCGUCUGGUCCUGGAGGUGCGCGAUGAGAUUGCGAGACGCGUGAGCAAGGAUUUCAUUGUGGGUAUCAAGAUCAACAGUGUCGAGUUUCAGGAGAAGGGAUUCCAGCCAGAUGAGGCGAGGGAGCUCUGUCGUGCUUUGGAGGAGCAUAAGUUUGAUUUUGUCGAGUUGUCUGGUGGCACGUAUGAGAACUUCCCGCUCAUGGGUGCUAAGAGGCCGUCGACGUUGGAUCGUGAAGCGUUCUACCUGGAAUGGGCCAAGCUCAUCGUGCCGGAACUCUCCAAGACCAAGAGCUACGUGACUGGCGGUCUGAAGACCGUCGAAGGCAUGAUCAAAGCCCUGGAAACAUGCGACGGUGUCGGCAUUGGCCGUGCUCUCUGCCAGGAACCCUAUUUCUGUGCUCAUAUCCUCUCCGGACAGCUCAAGGGUGCCAUGAUCCAGAAGUUGGACAUGGGAGACUUUGGCCUCACGGGUGCUACAUCCGGUGUCCAUAUCAAGCAGAUCGGACAGGACCUGCAGCCGAUUGACCUCAGCAAGGAAGAGAAUGUAGCCAAGGUUCUCACUGCUUUGGGUGCCUGGAUGGAAGCGAAGAAGAGUGAUAAGGAUCUGGUGCAAUUCCCCGAGAUUGAGGGACAUAAUGUUGCCAUCUCAAGCCAGCCUUUUUAGAAACGAGAUAAUGAUCUUUCUAGACGAAACU